UGCCAACAGCAAAGAGGAUGAGGAGGGCUGCACGCCCCUGCACCUGGCCUGCCGCAAGGGCGAUGGGGAGAUCCUGGUGGAGCUGGUGCAGCACUGCCACGCCCAGAUGGAUGUCACCGACAGCAAGGGAGAGACUGCCUUCCACUACGCAGUGCAGGGUGACAGUUCCCAGGUGCUGCAGCUCUUAGGCAAGAACGCAUCCUCCGGGCUGAACCAGGCGAACCACCAGGGGCUGACGCCGCUGCACCUGGCCUGCCAGCUGGGGAAGGAGGAGAUGGUACGCGUGCUGCUGCUGUGCAACGCGCGCUGCAACAUGGCGGCGCCCUGCGGCUACCCCAUCCACAUGGCCAUGAAGUUCUCCCAGAAGGGGUGUGCUGAGAUGAUCGUGGGCAUGGACAGCAACCAGAUCCACAGCAAAGACCCUCGCUAUGGAGCCAGCCCCCUGCACUGGGCCAAGAAUGCAGAGAUGGCCCGCAUGCUGCUGAAGCGGGGCUCUGAUGUGGAUUGCACCAGCGCCUCGGGGAACACGGCCCUGCACGUGGCAGUGAUGCGCAGCCGCUUCGACUGUGCCAUGGCGCUGCUGACCUACGGGGCCAACGCGGGUGCACGCGGCGAGCACGGCAACACCCCCCUGCACCUGGCCAUGUCGAAAGACAGCGUGGAGCUGGUGAAGGCCCUCAUUGUGUUUGGGGCAGAAGUGGACGCCCCGAAUGACUUUGGGGAGACUCCUGCCUUCAUAGCCUCCAAGAUCAGCAAACUCGUCACCAGGAGAGCAUUCUUGACUCUGCUGAGAACCCUGGGGGCCACCUGCAGCCUUCCACCCACCCAAGGGGCCCCCGCGGAGUACGGCUCUGUGGCAUCGCCUCACCCCUGCUCAGUGGAGAGAGCUCAGCCCCCGGCGAUCAGCUUAAGCAGCCUAGAGCUGGAGGACCUCGUGCAUGUUUCCCGCGCCCGGAAGCCGCCCUUUCUCCUGAGCUCCACGAGGGAUGAGAAGCGGACCCACGACCACCUGCUCUGCCUGGAUGGAGGAGGAGUGAAAGGCCUGGUCAUCAUCCAGCUCCUCAUCGCCAUUGAGAAGGCCUCUGGCGUGGCCACCAAGGACCUCUUUGACUGGGUGGCAGGCACCAGCACAGGGGGCAUCCUGGCCCUGGCCAUUCUGCACAGCAAGUCCAUGGCCUAUAUGCGUGGCCUAUACUUCCGCAUGAAAGAUGAGGUGUUCCGGGGCUCUCGGCCUUACGAGUCGGGGCCCCUGGAGGAGUUCCUGAAGCGGGAGUUUGGGGAGCACACCAAGAUGACGGAUGUUAAGAAGCCCAAGGUGAUGCUGACUGGGACACUGUCUGACCGGCAGCCGCCUGAGCUCCACCUCUUCCGGAAUUAUGAGGCCCCUGAGGCCUUCCGGGAGCCUCACAUUAGCCCGAAUGUUAACCUAAAGCCUCCAGCUCAGCCCUCAGAGCAGCUGGUGUGGCGGGCAGCCCGGAGCAGUGGGGCAGCGCCCACCUACUUUAGACCCAACGGGCGCUUCCUGGAUGGUGGGCUGCUGGCCAACAACCCCACACUGGACGCCAUGACUGAGAUCCAUGAGUACAACCAGGACCUGAUCCACAAGGGUCAGGGCAACAAGGUGAAGAAACUGUCCGUCGUGGUCUCUCUGGGGACGGGGCGGUCUCCUCAGGUGCCUGUGAGCUGCGUGGAUGUCUUCCGCCCCAGCAACCCUUGGGAACUGGCGAAGACUGUCUUUGGGGCCAAGGAACUGGGCAAGAUGGUGGUGGACUGUUGCACAGAUCCCGACGGGCGGGCUGUAGACCGGGCCCGGGCCUGGUGCGAGAUGGUGGGCAUCCAGUACUUCAGAUUGAACCCCCUGCUGGGGACCGACAUCAUGCUGGACGAGGUCAAUGACGCAGCACUGGUCAACGCACUCUGGGAGACCGAGGUCUACAUCUACCAGCACCAAGAGCAGUUUCAGAAGCUGGUUCAGCUGCUGCUCUCGCCUUGAGUGUCUCCCUCCCUGUGGCAAGGCCACCACCGUAGGACAGAGCUGGGGCCAAGCAACACCGUGUCCAUGUCCUGGGUGGACCAGGCCCUGGGGCCGCGCAGCUUCUGCCUGAGGCUAGGCCCUCUCCCACCCACCCUUGGCACCUUUCGUCACAGCAGGUGGCCAGCCCAGAGUCCUUACCAGGGGACAAAUGACUUAAAGGCUGGCUCCGCCCCCUCUCAGCUACAACACUACAGUGCCCAGCAUACCCCAUGGCCCCCAGACCUGCAAAGGCCCCCCAGUUUUCCCAGUGAGCACAGCCCACUCCUCCCUUUCCUCAGGGGCAGCUUCACCCCACCCACAGGGGAAACCCAGGCUUCGGGCGCAGGGCGCCCCGUUCGACUUUGCCCCUCUACACCUCUGGCCACCCCACCCUUGGAGCAGCCCCGCCCUGGGUCCUCCCUGCUCGCAAAGGUCACCCCUGUGUGCUCCCUUAAUCUUCCCUACAGAAGUGUUUGGGGAGGGAGGGGAUGGGGGCUCUCAAACUGUGAAAUAAAUGGC